AUGUCGAGAGAUGGUACCAAGACAGCCAUCGAGGUGAACUCGUUACUUUGCGCCGCACCAGCCAACCGAUUCUCAUCCUGUUCCACCCUGGUCAGAUCAAAGCAAUCAGCCGAGGUCGUCUUUGGGACGGGCCAACAAAUAGCGAUAUGGAAUUGUGCAAAUCGACAUCGAUACCCACCCUUGAAACUUUUAAAAGGACACAAAACAUGCGUAACAGCUAUCAAGAACUUGGGAGAACAUUCGUCGGGAUUUGUCAGUGGGGAUUUGAAUGGUACAAUUUUAGUAUGGGCGCCUGAUGGCGAAGGCCAGUGGCAAACCGUAGCACAUCUCGCGGGCCACAAACAAUCAAUUUCAUGUCUAUCAUGCAUCCGGCUACCUGAUCGCAAUGAGCAACAACGCUGUUCAGCCUCAGCAGAAGAGUAUCUGAUCGUUGCAGGUGCUUCUGACGGAUGCUUUACUAGCUGGAAGAUCUCGAUCACUUCCCCAAUUGGUAGUCCGAUUGGUGCAACAGAGCCGGUCGAAGCCCUUCAGACCAUUCAGCUGGGAAACCAAAUAGCGCUAGAUGCGGCUUUAGCUUUUCUACCUGAUCAAUCGACCCACCUGUUAUUGGCUUUGGCGGGUACUGAUAACAAGGUGGCCGUUUACUCACUUGCUCUACCAUCCCUGUUGUUUUCUUUUUGCCUCCGUUUGCCAGGUCAUACCGACUGGGUUAGAUGCCUCGACUUCACACUGGACCCAAAACAACCCAGCACUUUGCUUUUGGUCUCCGGAUCACAAGACAAUUUCAUUCGGAUUUGGAGGUGCGAUCAGCAGGAUCAACCAAUCGCCCAGCGGCCCCUAAAUCCAGUCAGCAAUCCAACAACAGAUGAUCCCUUUCAAACUCUAGACGACUUAACACAGACGCUCAAAGAAGAAGGUCAAAUAACCGCUCAUGAUACGAAGCGCCAAACGGUUGAAAUGAAACGAUACCCGAUCAAAAACACGCCUUGGAACUUUGUUUCUGACGCAAUUCUUUACGGUCAUGAAAGCUGGGUCACCAAUGUUCAUUGGUGCAUUAAUCAGUCUGGCUUGUUGCAGCUCCUCUCGACGUCAUCAGACCGCUCCAUGAUCAUGUGGCGACCCUCUGAAGAAUUUGAUAAUAUUUGGCUCAACGUUGAGCGCUUUGGUGAAUUAGCAACUUCAACAAAUCUAGGACUUUUUGGUGCCCACUACUUCGUCAGUCCCGAUGAUCAAACGGAGACUGUAUUGGCUUCAGGAUGGACUCGAUCGUGGCACCGCUGGUGCAAAGUAGAUAAAGCCGUAUGGGAACCUCAGGUGGCGCCCACAGGCCAUUACUCUGCCGUGACCGGGCUGGAUUGGGAAAAAGAAGGUGAAUAUCUAGCAAGCUGCUCUGACGAUCAAACCACACGAUUGUGGGGCUUUUGGAGGAAUUCUCAAGUUGAAACACCAACCAAUCCUAGCUGGCAUGAGAUAUGCCGCCCCCAAGCGCACGGACAUAACCUCUUUGGAGUGAGCUUCAUGGGUGAUCGCCGAAGCAGAUUCGUCAGCAUUUCGGAAGAGAAGGUUAUCCGAGUCUUUGACAUGACUAGUGACUUUUUAAGAUUGACCGAGGAACUGGGCACGACAAAGAUACCCUUCGAGAAGAAGACUUAUACACGUCCACAAAGAGCUACUGUUCCUCCUUUGGGGCUGAGUAACCGCGUUGACGAUACCGAAAAAGAUGAGCAAGAACAACAGGACGCUGGUGGUCAACAAUCAUGUCCCCCAUUUGAAGAUCAAUUAUUAUCUCAUACGCUGUGGCCAGAGAUCGACAAGAUCUACGGCCAUCCUUCCGAACUCUCCGCCAUCACAACAUCCUACUGCGGUCGAAUCAUCGCGUCUGCCUGUCACGCCAACUCAUCCCAGACUGCCAGCAUACGGCUGAAUUCAGCUGAUGACUUCAGCCCUAUCCAACCUGGCGUGCUGGAAGGGCACCAAUUGACUGUCACACGAUUGGCAUUCAAUACUGACGCCUCUAAACUGCUAAGUGUGAGCAGAGAUAGAUCCUGGACGAUUUGGAGUAGGGUUCCCUCGUCCGAUGGCUUUGUAAUCAAUCAGCGCAUGGAGAAAGCGCACGCGCGUGUCAUUUGGGAUGCAUGUUGGGCAACCUCACCUAGCAACAUGUUCGUCACAGGGUCCAGGGAUAAAUCAGUGAAAACUUGGACUCAGACAGACCAGAACAAUGAUUCUUCAUGGGAUGUAGCUGACGUAAUCAAAUGCGACCAGCCCGUCAAAUCUUGUGCUAUUUCCCCUCAUCUUUCACAGCAAAACAAGAUGUUACUGGCGAUUGGUCUAGAAGAUGGAGUCAUAUCACUGUAUACCAGCAUAAAAGCUAAUGGAUGGGAGCGCAUUGGAGGUGUCGAACUCACGUCAAUUCAUCAUGCGGGGCCUGUCAACAUACUCUCAUUCUCGCCUCAGAUGUUGAAGGCUGGAAAAUUCCGACUAGCAAGUGGGGGUGAAGAUGAGGUGGUCCGAAUUGUUGACUUAGAUCUAGAACCUUCACAAUGA